CAGUUGAGUUGUGUAGUCUCUAAGCAUAAAUAAAUUGUACAGUUUUCUGACUUUUAUUUCUUAGUUUUUGACAGCAUCCUGCUAGGCAGCCCACAUUGGCAUCUGACUCACCAUCCUGCCCUGUGCUGAGGUCACAGGCACCACCACACGGUCUUCCUUCCCCUUCUUACAAAGGGUCAUUCCAUGAUGGUGUACAUCGAUGCAUGAAUUUUGACUAGGUGGAGUCUGAAGGGCAAGAGGAAGGGGUUGAAGGUGGAAUCACACCAUGGAACUCCCCAACUACAGCCAGCAGUUGCUUCUGCAGCUCUAUGCUCUGUGCAAGGAGCAGCGGUUCUGUGAUUGCACCAUUUCUGUCGGCAACAUCUACUUCAGGGCCCACAAGCCAGUCCUGGCAGCGGCUAGCCUGCUAUUCAAAACCCUUCUGGAUAGCACAGACGCCAUCUCCAUCGAUGCAUCGGUGGUGAGCCCUGAAGAGUUUGCCCUCUUGCUGGAGAUGACAUACACUGGCAAGCUACCUGUGGGCAAGCACAACUUCUCCAAGAUCAUCUCCUUAGCAGAUAGCCUGCAGAUGUUUGAUGUGGCUGUUAGUUGUAAAAAUCUUCUGACCAACCUUGUAAACUGCUCUGUCCAGGGGCAGGUGAUAAGGGGUAUCUCAGUGCUGUCCUCAGAGGCAGGUAGCAAGGAGUCAGAGAAGCCUCAAGUAGAAGUCCUUUCCUCUGAAGGUGCUGGGGAGCCCAUGCCAGCGGGCCCUGAGAAAGCCAAGACCAAGGAAGUAAUCCACAUAGCUACCCAAGAGAUAAAUGCAGACCCUCCCGUUGUCCAAGAGGUUCAGGUGGCUGCAGAGAUCACAGGGGCGACUCCUCACACCGCUGAAGUUUGUUCCCCUUCCUCUGUUGGACAGAUUUCAAGUGAGGCAAAGGAAGCCAAUACAGAAGCAGAGUACAAGAGAAAGCAGGAACAACUGGCUGUCCUGCUAAAACAUGAAAGUUUCUUCUCAAAUGCAGCCUUGCUCACCCCGGACACACUGAGAAGACUGGAGGAAUGCUCAGAGAUCGAAGGGCCUCAGAAGGAGGCCAUAAUGGAAUGUCUCAAGAGUGAAGGAGGAGGCUCAGCAUUCCAGAGAAUUCUGGACAAAGUACACAAUGGGAGCCUGGAUGUGCAGGUGGCCCUGUCUCUGGUGAGACUACACCAGGAAUCAACGCCUGUAGAGAAAGUGUCUCAGAUUCAGCCAGAAGGGAGCGCAGGAGAGGGAAAGACCUUGUCUGUUCUGUUACUAGAACACAAAGAGGACCUGAUCCAGUGUGUAACACAGCUCAGACCAAUUGUGGAGUUCCUGGAAACAGCCAAGGAGGAAUUCCUGCCAGGCUCCGAAAAAAGGGUGAUUCAGAGCUGCUGUGAGGGCAGAACACCCAAGGAGACGAUAGAGAAUUUGUUGCACAGAGUGACUGGAGAGAAGACCCUGCCUGCCAAGAGUCUGGUAAAACUCCUCCAGGCUGUGAGGACAGCAUUCCCAGACCUGGGCCUCCUGCUGGACAAUUUGCAGAAAGUAAUGGAAUCACCCAGCACCACAGGCCUGGCCAGAGUCAACUGUGAAACUGAAUGGACAGAGGAGCCCAGGAGGUUGUGCAUUCCAGCAGACCGUGUGGAUGGAUCCUCCCCUAACCCUGCUGCUUACGGAGCAGAGCUGUUGAGAAAGUACCAUGAAAACCUGUCUGAGAUUCUCAUAGACAACCAGGUGCUGCUAAAGGUGAUCUCGAGGGUGAAGAGCUUAGCCCCUGGAGACAGAGAGGUCAUGCAGAGCCUCGUGAAACAGGCCUCUGGCUCAGGUGGCCUCAGUUCCCUGAUGUCUGCAGCUCUGCAAAGACAGACUGUCUCUGCAACAGCCAUUUGGCAACUGCUGCUAGCCGUUCCAGAGACUGAGACCUGCCCACUGAAUCUGCUCUUGGAGGAAGUAGGGAAGGAGGCUGGCGCGGGGGCUUUCUUCCGGGCAGUGACUGCCCCAGAGAGCACGGUGUUGGAAACUAUCCUGAGGCAUAGCAAGCUGGUCGGGGGAGCUAUCCAGCAGACGGCGGUGCGUGAGCACCUUUCUUCAGAGGAAAAACACCUGGCAGAGACAGUGAAAGAGAUGCUGAGCAUAUCCUCUGAGACGGUGAGCCCUGAAGCUUCCCUGAGAGCGGUGCUGAGCAGAGCCAUGGAGAAAUCUGUCUCGGCCUCUGCGAUCUGUCACCUCCUAUGCAGUGCCCACAAGUCUUUCCCUGGCCUGCAGUCCCUCAUGCAGGAGCUGGCACAUGUUGGUCUCCUUACCGAGGAAAAUGGAGAGGAGAGGUGGAAGGUGACUGAUGGGCUUCACCCUGGAGCCAAGGACAAAGCGGAGGAAGCAGCCGAGGCAGCCGGAGAAGACUGCCAGGCUGUGGAACAAAAGGAGCCGGGGGAGCCUGGGCCCGUGCUGGAGCAACAGGAGAAAGACCCUUCUGUCUCCCCAGACUCUGCCAAGAAGAGCUUUGUCUGCAAAGCCUGUGACAAGAGCUUCCAUUUCUACUGCCGUCUGAAAGUGCACAUGAAGCGCUGCCGGGUGGCCAAGAGCAAGGUGCACAGUAAGGAGGGCAGCGAGACCAGGGACUCGGAGAAGGAGAUGGAGAAGCAGCAGCCGGAUGCCCGCAGCGCCGGCGGAGAGCCUGAUGCCCCCAAGAAGAAGAAGAAACGGCUGCCAGUGACAUGUGACCUCUGUGGAAGAGAGUUUGCCCAUGCCUCAGGCAUGCAGUACCACAAGCUGACGGAGCACUUCGACGAGAAACCUUUCUCCUGUGAGGAAUGUGGGGCAAAGUUUGCAGCCAACUCUACCCUAAAGAACCACCUGCGCCUUCACACUGGGGACCGCCCGUUCAUGUGCAAGCACUGCCUCAUGACCUUCACACAGGCCUCGGCCCUGGCUUACCACACCAAGAAGAAGCACUCAGAAGGGAAAAUGUACGCAUGCCAGUACUGUGAUGCUGUGUUUGCCCAGUCGAUCGAGCUGUCCCGGCAUGUGAGGACCCACACUGGGGACAAGCCGUAUGUCUGUAGGGACUGUGGAAAGGGCUUCCGGCAAGCCAACGGCCUCUCCAUCCACCUGCACACCUUCCACAACAUAGAAGAUCCUUAUGAUUGCAAGAAAUGCAGGAUGAGCUUCUCCACACUGCAGGAUCACCGGAAGCACAUCCACGAGGUGCACUCCAAGGAAUACCACCCGUGCCCCACAUGUGGGAAGAUCUUCAGCGCCCCUUCCAUGCUGGAGCGGCACAUGGUGACCCACGUUGGAGGGAAGCCCUUUAGCUGUGGGAUCUGCAACAAGGCCUAUCAGCAAUUGUCUGGGUUGUGGUACCACAAUCGGACGCACCACCCAGAUGUGUUCGCUGCUCAGAACCAUCGGUCACCCAAGUUCUCAUCACUGCAGUGCAGCUCCUGUGACAAGACCUUUCCCAACACCAUCGAACACAAGAAGCAUAUCAAAACAGAACACGCAGAUCUAAAGUUCCAUGAGUGUAACCAGUGUAAGGAGCUCUUCCCCACACCAGCUCUGCUGCAGAUCCACGUCAAGUGCCAGCAUUCAGGGUCACAGCCAUUCCGGUGCUUGUACUGUGCGGCCACCUUCCGAUUCCCUGGAGCCCUGCAGCACCACGUCACCACCGAGCACUUCAAGCAGUCAGAAAGCACCUUCCCUUGUGAGCUCUGUGGUGAGCUCUUCACCUCCCAGGCCCAGCUUGAUGGCCACUUGGAGUCUGAGCACCCAAAGGUGACAGGCACUGAGACCCAGGCAGCUGCCUCUCACAUGGUGCAGGUGAUUCAGGCUCCAGAGCCAGCAGCCCCGGCCGAGCAGGUGAUCACGUUGGAGGAGACGCAGCUUGCUGGCUCACAGGUGUUUGUGACCCUGCCAGGUCCACAGACCUCUCAGAACAGCUCCGAGCUUGUGGCAGUGACAGUGGAGGAUUUGCUGGAUGGUACUGUCACAUUGGUCUGUAGUGAAGCCAAGUGAGUGGCUACUCCUUCAGUAGAGGGGCCUGUGCUGUGCCAGCAUGGAUGUUCGCGGCCUGCCUCUGCUCUAGCUGCUUGGCUGGGCUCUACCUGGUGCUCUCACUUGAAAAACAGAGGCGUCGUCAUUUUCUUAAGAUCCACAGUGUCUGAGCUGUCCAUGCUGACACCAGUGUUGCCAACCUGUGUGGCAGAGCCUCAGUCCUCCAGGUUUCAGCCCAGGCCUGGAUCCCAUCCACCCCAGGAAAGUCUGGUUUCUAGAAUCAGAGUCUGAGGAGAGCUGGUGGGCAGGAUGACCAAGGACACACAGCAUGCUGGCUGCCAUCAGGAGUAGGGGAGUUACCUGAGUCUGAGCCAAUAGAGGGCCACAGACACCGCCAGUGCCUAUACCAGUGAAGUACCCACACAGCCUCCAGGGACCCCAGCAUGGCAGCCUGUCCUCCCCGCCCCUGUUCAGCCUCUCCUUGGAGGCUGUAAGACAGGUGGCCAUGUUAACAGUGCAGGCCCACAUUGGCAUCCCUGAUCCUCUCUGCUCUGUCUUUCCCAAAACACAGCUUUGAAGCAUUGCCACUGGGGGCAGCUUCAUGUGAGGCCAUCCAGCUGCCUCUGCCUUGCUGGGUGUUCAUUGCGUUCCUUUCAGAACCUCUCUGUGAUCCUCAGGCCUUCCACACCUUCUACUAAUCAAGGCUGAAACAUCCCAGCCUGGAGACCUCUUGCUGACUUCCUCCGUACCAUGUGAUAGCCUAAUGAAGCAGCUCCUGGGGGCAGGCCUGUGCCUGCAUGUGACAGAUUAGAGGCAUCUGAGGUGGCCUCUGCUUCUCCUGUUACUGGCCCACAUGCCUAGUGCACGGCCUGCUCCCUGGGAUUCCCCUGGCUGCAUCCCCCUUACUGUAGCACCAUGCUCCUUUCAAGUCUGAGUGUCACAGAGCCUUUUAUCUUCAGUUCCUGCCAUACAGUCUGGUAAUUGAUGGCUUGUGGAAUGCGGUUGGAAGUGCAAUUAGAUGGAUGUUGGUUCCUGCUGCUCAGAGAGAAAGACUUCUAGCUUGCUUUUCUAGAAGCCCAAAGGAGGAGUGGGUUAUCACAGUAUUUGCUCAUCAGGCCAGGCUUCCUGUCACCUGGUGUGGCUGACUCCCUAUAGAGGGAAUGCCCUGAUUUGAUACUCACCUUUAAGCCACCUGCUCUCAGAGAUAAGCCCCAUACCUUCCUGCCAAGUGCAGUUCAUGUGAGCAUGUGCAGAGAUGAGGGUCAAGUCUGGUCAUGGUGGAGGUGCAUUGCCACCAUACCUCAGCCGCCUCACAGGAGGACAGGAGGUAACAGCUUAACCCGCAGCAGUGUUCAAGGCCUGCUGCCCUUUGGCCUCAGUUUGGCACUGGCAGCACUGGUGAGUUUCUAAGCUGGAUUCCAGCUCCGGCCAGCCUCUCCCAGUCUGCCCCACCCUCCUCAUUGCCUAUGCAAAUCCUUUGAACUCACCAGCUGGGGACCCUCCCUUUCCCUUUCUAAAAGCAAGUCAGUCUCAGAAACCAAACACUGACCAGAAGAUGGUGCUCAAGCAUCAAGACUUCACCUCCCUGCUUUCUCCACUGAGGUCUUAGCCUGCUGGCUUUCAGACCCGUGCCAGCCGACCAGGGGAGCUCUUGAUCUGUAAGUGGUGUGAUGGCUCCUCAGUCCAUCUGCAUGAAAGAAGACUAAGACAGAGGAGAGGCAUGUGUGUGCAGGCUUCUGUCAGGAACAGCACCUCUCAAGCUGUGAGGACUUAGGGACUGUAGUGAGUGUCACCAAGAGUCUUUUCCUGGCAAAAGGCCAACCUCACAGAGGUCCUGAGAGAAAAUCAGUCUCUAAAUACAAAGAGCUGUAAGUUAGAAACCUGAGUGUCAGGCCCUUUCUGGCCUGAGAAACAGUCUCUGUUUUCCUGGAACCUGGGUGGUGUGCUCCCUUCAGUCACCAGACCGUAGCUGGCUGCAGAGAACAUUAGGGCAGGUCAGCUUGCUGCCCACCCUUGGAUGCACAGCUCUGGAAUACACACAGCUGAAGGCACAGGAGUGCUAGAUCUGGAGUACAGAGAAUUCCUGUCCUCAGUGAGUUCUGUGAUGGUGACUAGCGACCUCUGCCCCAGCUGCCUGACUUUUUACAGUGGCUCUGAAGAAGGUGAAAAUCUCCACCUGCUGCCCCAGAGACCUGCCACAUGGGUCUCCCGUAGCCCACAUUGCUUUGCAAUGGAACUGUGGCUCCAUUUGCUUCCUCCUCAGGAAUACUGUCUGCCUAGCCUAGCCCUUGGGCAGAAGCUAGAGGAGUCUCCAGGUUCCUUGGAAUUUGUGUUUUUCAACAGUGGGGCCCCAGUCCUCCCUAAGGCUCCUGAUCCAGCUACCACAGAGGGGAAGGCAGAUGCCAGGCUGGAGUAAAGUUGGCCCAUCACUGGUAUAUGGACUAUGAGCAGGUGAGACUUGCUGUCCUCAUGCAUGAGCACAGCCUAGGCCAGUGUGGCAGAUAAAGGUCUUUUUCAGUUGUUUUACCUGGCUGGGCUCUCCCAUCUUCUAAGCUGUGUGUCCGAAAAGCUUUGAGAUCCAUCAGUACCCAAUCCUGCUGUGGUGUAAGUUCUGGGCCUGUGUUGUACUGGCCAUUCUAAGGAAGCCUCCAGCCCGUACUGACCACAGAAAAUACCUCAGCCUUGUCCCUAGGGCCUGAGCACUGAUGGUUAAGGACUGAGAAGAGGGACAGACAGACGCCAGAUGAGGGGGAAAAAUCUCUGUAGUCCUGAGGAUGGAAGGGUGUGCCUUUAAACUUCUGUGCCUGAGAACCUCUACUGACAAAGCAUGGAGGCCCUGACAGCUCCACUUAGAGUGGGCAAGUGCUUGUUGGGACAGGAGUGCUGCUUCUGGAACUAGAAAGUUGGCUGGUGGUAGAGAUGACAUUGGUUUGCUCUAGUCAGCUCUCCCACCCCAGCUUUGUUCUUCUGGGUCCUGUAUGUCCCAGCAGACACUUGGAAGAAAGACACUUGGGGAGUAAGAGACUUAGGACCGAGGGAGUCAGAGGCAGGUUUAUAGUUUUGCUGCUUUGCAAACCUUAGGGCACUGAGGACUUACACUAAAACUCGGAAACUCAAACUUAAUCCAGUCUAACUGGGCCUAUAAGGAAGAGGAGAGUGGUGAGUUCUUUGGGGACUGUGUUGUUGAAGAAAUCAUUCCUUGAGCAAUUUUUACAUUGCCUCCAAAUUGUGAAGCUGGCUGCGGUUUCCCAGAGCAAGGCUGCUGGUGCUCGUUUCCACCCAUGGACGAGACAGCUGGCCCCAUGAGCAGUGUAAGCUGAUUGCAAACUGGACCUACUCGACAUGCACUGUGGAGAGAAAUAAAGUCUGUACUUUGGAAG